AUGCCGACCAUUCGCUUGCUUCUAAGGCUCGCUCUGCACAGGAAAUGGAACAUUCUCCAACUAGAUAUAUCCAAUGCCUUUCUGCACGGGGAUCUAACUGAGGAUAUCUAUAUGAAAACAACCGCAGGGAUUUAUCGAUCCCAACCACCCAACCGCGGAAACAAUCACAAGGAAAUUCAGUCUCUUCUACAGGAACUCAACUCAACGUUUGCUCUCAAACAACUAGGACACGCUAAUCUCUUCUUAGGGAUUCAAGUCCAGACUCACUCGCAAGGUCUAUUCCUCACACAAGCUCAUUACGCGGCAACUCUGCUGAAAUCGGUCGGAAUGACGGAAUGCAAGAGCGCUUCUACGCCAAUGGAUUCCACCUCCAGUUCCAAACACAACACGUCACAGUCGUUCUCUGACCCGUCUCUCUACCGCAGACUGGCUGGAUCGCUACAGUACUUAUCGAUCACUCGACCAGAUAUUGCGUUUGCAACAAAUAAAGUUUGCCAACAUAUGCAAACUCCCACGGUUCAACACUACAAGGAGCUCAAACGCAUCCUUUGUUACAUCAAUGGAACACUCUCCUUCGGGUUGCCGAUUGUCACAGGUGAUCUUCACAUCCACUCGUAUACUGAUGCAGACUGGGCGUCCGACAACACAGACAGAAAAUCAACUUCCGGUUUCUACAACUUUAUCGGACCAAACUUGAUAUCAUGGACAGUUAAGAAGCAAGUUACGGUAGAAAAAUCCUCCACAGAAGCCGAGUAUAGAUCCCUAUCGGCUGACAUUUCGGAGGUCAUUUGGCUAAGACGCCUUGCUGCGGAACUUCAAAUAGAGCAGAAAACUCCAACUUCGGUAUACUGUGACAACAUCUCAGCAAUUGUCAUAGCCAAAAACCCUGUCUUUCAUGCCCGAACAAAGCAUAUCGAAAUUGACUAUCAAUUUAUCCGACAACACAUAGCAUCCGGUGACAUUCAGAUCCAAAACAUACCGUCUCAGCACCAGAUUGCCGAUAUCCUCACAAAGCCACUCUCGGUUUCUCGUUUCAAUGAGCUCAGACACAAGUUAACCAUUCAAUCAAACGAAUGCUUCACUUGA